UCGCUGACCGAUGGAGAGAACAAAGGAGAGUUCACUGUAAAUUUGAAUUGUUAAAUUACGUUUGAUAACUUAAAUUUAAUAACUUUUUUUAAAACAAUUAAUUAAACAGUUUAGAUUUACAGUAAAAAAAAAAAAAAAAGAGAAAGAAAAUAAAGGAGAGAAACCGAAGUAACGGAGAGAAACCCAUCUCUUCGUACUUGGAAGUUUAGAGCUGCAUACCGCAAAGAACGAGCACACCCAGACCCAGUCCGCAUAUUCCAGUCUUCAGUCAUGUAUCAGCCCUCCCACAAGGCGAAACUUAGGGCUUGCAAUGCAUGUCUGUUUUUAAUCUUCAGAGAUUAUCAAUCCGUGAACGGGUCAAUCGGUGCACCAGAUUCAGAUGCCAAUCGUAUCCUGUAUCGAGUGAUUCGUCUUCUGGCCGUCCAAAAUUCCAAAGCAUUGGUGAAAGUUGACUUGAAUGAAACCACUAUAGAUGUAAACAAUGAUGUGCAAAAUGGAGGUUUUUUCACAGGCAGAGUCCAUCAUCCAGCAUUCUCAGAAACUUCAAGGUGAUCUGCAAAUGUUGGGGAUGAAAAUCAAGAAGCAUGAGGACAGCCUAAAAUUU